AUGGUGAUUGUGGGCCUUUCUUUUAGAUAUCUUGAUCUAGCAGACGAAGAUUUCCCUCCUCUAGGCCCUCCAACCAAGCCGCUUGACAAACGCCCUUUGGACACAUUCCGAAUUGCAUCAGGAUCCCGCGCCUCUCAUGGCUCCAAUGAUUCGCCCUAUAGGUCUGGUACCCCUGUACUGCCACCGGGUCUUCCCCUACCACAUGGGCACCCUGCUGCACCCUUCAUCCACGAUCUCAGCCCAUCGACUUCUGCCCUAUCGAGUCCUCAACCAGGACACAUCACUUUACGAAGUGGGUUUUCAACACCUGUACAGAAACUCAAAGAAUUAAACCCUUCAACACAGCCCACGCCGGACGCUCAAGCGUCGUCGGCCGCACCUUCCGUGCCUGCACGGACGCGAACGGCUGCAGAAAUAUCUUCUGGAUCUCCAAAACCUAAGUCCCUAGCUGCUAGUCGUUCACAGUCUGACAGUCUCACUGCAAAGAAAGACAAGGCUCGAGAGGCCAGUCCUGGAAAGGCCGCAGCACUUACUACAAAAGAUGGCAAACAGUCUUCUGAGACUCACGGCAAGCCAGUGCCCAUUAAACUCAAUCUUUCAAUGGCCACUUCGGGGCACGCUUCCCCUUCCCGAGCCACUACGCCUAAUCACAGUCUCUCCUCUAUACCACAAUUAACAAAUGCUGCAUCUCGCCCUAACACCCCGUUGAUUGGUGUCUCACGUGCAUCUGAUUCUCCCGCACCUCGUCAAGCUAGGGUGUUGCGCGUUGUUGACACAUCAAAAUCAGACACGCCUACCACGCCGCACAAUUCCACACCACCUACGAAACAUCUAUCACGGCAGCCCAGUCUUUCAACCAAUAGCCGCCCAGAUACUCCCAACAAUGGCGACUCUGAAUAUGACAUCCAUACCUCUGCAUCCGUCUCGAGGGCAAGUUCGCCACCACCUAGUCGUGUUGGCUCUGCCCCAGUUCGCACUAUCACGAAGAGUCAAUUGAAAAAAGAGCGGAAGCUCAAGGCUAAGCAAGCUGAAAUCAAAAAGGAAGAAACUCUUUCCACUUCCGUAGUUGCUGAAGAACCCGUCCAGGCGCCGAUCAUUGGCAGGAAACGCAAGACAAAGAAAGCACCGACACCAACCAGCGAACACCCACCUUCUUCUGGUGCUAAGUCUGAAACAAUAGAUAGUACUCCACAGUCUGCUAAAUCAUCCAAAAACAAGACCCAGAAUAAACCCGAGACAUCAACACAGGCCAAAGGAUCUGAUAAAACGACGCGCGAAAACGCCUCCAAAGAACAGACACCGCAAAGUCUACCCACAGAAAAAGAUGAAAAAUCUGAACCAUGGAGGUCGAACAAUACGACUGGACAACUCUUGGCCGAUUCAGAAGCUAGCGGUAUACCAGUGAAGGAUCUUUUCUUGGAGAGAACAUCGCCGCUUCCAGUUCUACUAGCGCAACUGCAUCAAUCUGGCGAUCUUGAUCUAAAUACACAUCCACUUUUCAAUCCACCAAACCUCAACCAACGCUCAGAUUUGAAAUGUACAGCUGAUGACUACGAUAUUUUGAAAAAGCCCAUUGAACUGGCCGAGGAACAUAGAACAAGGUUGCUCCAAGGUGAACCGGUUCACAUCAACGCAGAAUCCGACCUCCUCAAGUAUCGCUGUCUAAUAACACCUACCGGAUGUGUUCUCCGCCACCUCUCCGAAGAAGAGGAAAACCGCUACCUUGAACUCGAGAAGAGCCUCGCAGCCGCAUGGGAGUCACUACAGGAAUAUCCAGCAUUAACUGUCACAGAGCCCGACGCUACCAACCGCGGCGGCGGACUAGAUGCGCUCUUUGCCACGCCUGAAAAGUUCAAUAUCCGCUGGAUCGAUGGGGUGCCGGAGAAUGGCCUCCUCUCCGGCCCUGCAAAGCCUUCCUCCUUGCCCUCCCCUCCCCCACUCAGUGCCAACGGCUUCUCUACCGGUUCUACAGCUUCGGAAAUUGCCGUUACCGCUCGUGCUUCCGCUUCUGCUGGCUCCGGGGUUACUCAUGCUUCUGUGCCCCGUUCAUCCGCCGCGCCAAAAUUGGCGACGAGCGAAAGUCAUCUUGGCGUUAGCCUUGAGGAGCUCAUGAGCAUGUCUGAUGAGGAACUACGGGCAAUGAUCGAGGACGCACAGCGGGAGUUGGAGAGUUCGCGCAAGGAGGUGGAUAUGGUGGAUAAGAAGGUGAUGACUCUUGUGAAACGAAACAAGAAGCUGGUGCAGCAGGCGCUUUCUGCUGCGAUGGAGUUUGUGGGGUCGGCUUCAGAUAUGGGGUUGUGA